GUGAACAAAGAUGGCUGGUUACGAAGAAGUGCUCAUAAAUUCUUUUCGCAAUUUUCCAGUAUUAUUUGAUCUUGCGGACAGAAAUUAUAAAAAUGAGCCGAUGAGAGUGAAUGCGUGGCAUCAAAUUCUAGACGAUCUGAGAGCUGUUGGCUUUACAGGAACAGUUGAGGAGCUCAAGGCAAAAAUGAAAAGCCUUAGGGACGUAUACGUGAGGUACAAAAAGAAAAAUGAUGCUGCCAUAAAAUCAGGAGCUCCAGCCUCAUCCACACCAUCAUGGGAGUUUUGGGGUUUGAUGACAUGGUUGGACGAUUACAGAAAGCGCCGACGAACAUCAACUAACAUGUCUGUCACUGUAAUUGAAGAUGAAUCAGUCAAUGAAGUUACAGAUGAAAGUAACAGCAUUGGUACAUUGACACUCGAAGUAGAUGAUCUGGAGAGCAGUCAGUUUUCUGAAGCAGUCGAUCCAACUUCGCACUCAAUCACAUUCCAACCCAUAUCAUCACCAUCAUAUAUUUCAUCCACCUCAGCUUCAUCAUCUAGAGCAGCAACACCAUCGGCACCACCAACACGAUCAAAAAAAAAAGAGAAAGAAAGCUCAAGAUGAUGGUCCUAACGAAUACCAGCUGCGGUUGCUGAGCAGUUUGGAAAAAAUUACUCAACAAUCAGCAUCUCCCCCAACUGAAUCAUCAAUGGACGAGUAUGAACAUUUUGGCAGAAGCAUAGCUUUACAAAUCAGAAAGCUUCCUUCUGAUUACCUUAAAGCACUGGCUAAAAAAAGAAUCCAGGAUGUUCUUUUUGACAUUGAAUAUAAUGAAAAAUAAUAGUGCUUUAUCUAUAUUACAA